GCUCGUACGCAGGCUUCGACGGAAAAUUUAAAUAAUUAAUUACUUACUAAUAAAAAAGACAUUCAAAAUAUUACAACAGUAUAAUAUCGCGAACUUGCAGUUUAAAGACCUAAAAACAGUCUGUGAAAAAAAUAAUUCGUAUUUAAUUUUUAAGAAGUGACAAAGAAAAAACCUUUUAAAAAAAUUGUGUCAGCAGGAAAAGUGUUUUUAUAUUUGAAAAGUGUAAUCGUUGCACCUAUGAAUAGUUUAUAAAUUACUUUUUAUUAAAUUAACGUUGAAAGUAAAGUGAUUUUUAUAUAAAUAAUAAGCAUAAGUGUAAAAAUACUUUAAAAAAUAACUGUUUUGAACGGAAAGUGUAAUUUAAAACAUUUUUUUUAUUCAGUGUCAGUGAUACCAACUGGUAAACAAUAAAUUAAAUUUAAAAAAAAAACUAAAAAGGCGGGUUUUUAUGUUUAUAACCUACAUAAUACACAGUCUGAGAAGAUUUUGUGUGGAAUUAUUUUCAAAGUGACUUUUUAUCUCAUCAAAAGACAAUGGGUUCCAGUUAAUUGUUAUUUAAUUGUUCCACAUAGUUACUUCGUGAUACUAGCGCAGAAUCCUGAUGAUGCUAACAUGGCUCGUGGAGUCAUCAUAUCAGCGACUCUCCUGCUGCUUAUAGCGGAGGUUACUCCUCAGUUUUAUGAUUUCUUCAACUUCCCGCAAAUCCCACAGAAUCCAAGUACAAAAAGAAUAUUAAAUGAAUAUACAACAAGAAGAACAACAAAAAUCGAAGCUACCAGAAACUCAGAAACGCAAGUCACAUGGACAAACACUACCGUGCACUUCAGCUACGAUGGAAUAGAAAGAGAUGACAAUAGACCGACCACCAAAGAGAAAAGGAGAAAGCAAACUCUAGGCAUACCAACCUUAGCUCCCAUAUUCGGCUUCAACUACCAGACAACUACGCAAAAACCCAUAAGGAAAGUCAAUAAAAAUAAUUCUAGUCGUAGAAAUAAUUCCAGUAAUACUAGAAUCGAAAGUUCUGGAGUCAGAGGAUCUACAACAAAAAGAAACCAGAAGAAUGACACUAAACUAACUAACACCAGAAUAUCAGAAACAUCUAACAACAAACGCUUCCAAUUGUCUUACGACGUCGACGUCUCCAAAGACCCUUUGAACAACGGAUAUUACGAGAAACCAAGCAACAAUUACGCUGAUGACUACUUAACAACAACAACAAGAAGCCACAACAACAAGAGAUACAACAGUGACAACAGUUACUAUAACAGUUACGAAACAACAAGACCCAACAACAAUUAUUACACAACAAAUCCAUUUCUCAACAGACCGGGGGUCAAACCAGCGGUUAUUGAAGUUGGUCCCGCAAUAACCAACAAACCUGUGACGAAAAGACCGAGUUACUUUAACAAAGAGACCGAAAGACCAAGUUACAGUAGACCAGAGACGGAAAGACCAGCGUUCAAACCACAAACGAACAAGCCUGUAACGUUGAGACCAUAUAUAGUAAAUCCAAUACCUACAGACGCUGGGGCUCUAGUGUAUCCUCAAGAAGACGAAGCGCCUCAGGUAAUCAGAGGACCAGAUGAGGAUUAUAUGAGUGACGCUGAAAAGAGACGGCACAUCGAAAUUGCUGAGAGAAUGUGCGACAAGUACAAAUCCCUGAGCACUCGGCAGCUGCAAGCGAUCCCUCUUCUGCCGUCCCCUGAGCCUGUCCAGGUCAACGUGUCCCAGUGCACCCCCACCACGAUACCGCUGGUGGUGGGCGGUAAGGUGGUCACCAUCAAUGAGUUUCCCCACAUGGCGCUGCUGGGCUGGCGGAAGAUCGAUAUCGAGGGAUACUCUUGGAAGUGUGGUGGUUCCCUCAUCAGUGAUCAAUACAUCCUCACCGCAGCCCACUGCUCCUACCAGGAGAGGGAUAACACUGUUGUCUCCGGUCCACCUAGAGUGGUCCAACUGGGCUCGUCGUACCUGGACGACCCUGGUGCGCUGGUGGUCCGCGUGUCUUCAGUAGUCCGACACCCCAAAUACAAGUUCCCGAGAUCCUACUACGACAUCGCGCUCUUGAAGCUGGUCCAACCUGUUACGUUCUCUGAAGUGAUCAGACCAGCUUGUCUCGGGGUGCCUCCAGCGGUGGGCGAAUCCAUCAUAGCUACAGGGUGGGGACGUACUGAACUUGGAGGUGACCAAUCCCUGGAACUGCGCUCAGUGUCCCUACCAGUGUGGGACAUGGAGAAAUGUCACGACGUGCUGGGAACAUCGCGCAAGAUGCCGCAGGGGGCGACCAGUGAGAGUCAGCUGUGUGCUGGCGAGAUGAAGGGCGGCAAGGAUACUUGUCAGGGCGACUCCGGAGGUCCCGCUCAAAUCCAAGAUGGAUGCGCGUGGCGUGUCGUUGCUGUGACGUCACUGGGUCGCUCGUGCGGCGCCGCCAACACUCCUGGACUCUAUGCUCUCGUCCAUCGAGCCUUCAUCUCCGCUCAGAUCUUCAGCAAUGGCAAUAAAAACCAAAACCGACGCUCAGACAGCGAAACAACAAGAAACUAUCGCGACAGCCAACAGAAUUACAAUAAUCAACGCACGGAAACAACAACGCAAUCAUACAACAACAAUCCGCGGAGAGAUUACGGCGGUAAUCGACAAGAAAAUGAUUACGGAAGCCAUAAAGAUAAUCGGCGUACGGAAAGUGUUGAAAGUGAUUACAAUAAUCCGGAAAGCGAUUACAGUCGCAGAAAUGUUAAUACUGGUUACCAAAACGAUAAUCGUGGAACCGUUUACGAUAGUAAUCCAAGUUAUAGUAAUAAUGACAGACAAAGUGAUAGUAAUCGAAACACUAACAAGUACGAAUCAGGCUACAAUAAUCAACAGAGCAAUUACGGUAACCACAAAGACGAAAAUACGUAUUCAAACAUCAAUAAUCGAAAACCAAACGAUUAUUCAGGCAAUAAUCGACAACAAAGUGAUUACUCGAACAGUAAUCGGCAACAAACCGAUUAUUCAGGCAAUAAUCGACAACAAAGUGAUUACUCGAGCAGUAAUCGGCAACAAACCGAUUAUUCUGGUAAUAAUCGGGAACAAAGUGAUUACGGUAGACAGGAUUACUACAGUAACGGCAAACGAGAAACGGAAAGUGAUUAUACUGGGUAUAAUCGACAACAAAUCAACAGACGACAAAGUGACGAUAGAUUUGAAGAUGGAAGAGUAUGGUGGACUUAAAAAGCAGCUGAACUGUGACAAGGACCGUUUGGCACGUGGAAACGUCAUUAAUGACAGUUGUUGUUAUAAAUACUGUUAGAAUUAUGGUAUAAGAAAACUAGCGGGCCUUGCACCGUAAUCACGCGACUCUUUCUCGCCGCGACAGAGAUCGUCUGUCUCUUUCUGUGCAGUACUGUGAGAGAGUGACGGGUGACGUAUGUCGAGGUGAGAAAGGGUCGCGCGCUUACGGUGCUAAGCCCACAGACGUGUAUACGCGUAGACAGACAACGUUGUUAAACAAAAGUUCCACGCUAACAUUUUUUACAUUUUGGGCAACAUUGCGCGCGCCAAAAGGAGAAUGGGCAAAUCUGGUCCAAGAACCUCCACUGAUGAGACUUAUAUGUAAUGAAAGCUUAUGCUUUCCCUAUGAAUCUGGCAAAGUUCUAUCAGAUUCUGUCCCGGGGUUCUUUUUUUACGGCCAUGUUUAUCCUGGCUAAAAAUGUGAUAAAAUACAGUGGGAGCUAAAAUCGGCUCAAGAUUUGUUGCUGGAUAACUAAGUCUACAUAAAUAAUUAUGUAUCAUAUUGUAUAUCAUUUUAAAGAGGAUCUUUUCCAGAAUCCGAAACAUAAAAAAAAACAAAAAAAGUCUUUAUGUAAGCGAAUUAUAGUCAAUUUACAUCUGCAGCGCCAUUGUUUCUCGGUAGCUAAGUUCAAGUUUCAUGCCUUUUACCCCUUCCAAAAGUAUCUUACCGAUUUUUUUAUAUUGCUUCCUGAAUUUGAUCUGAGUGAUAAUAACAAGAAAAAUAAAUAGACACCUCUCCGAUAGAGACCGCCUAAGCUAUUGCCUAUUGCAAGAAAUCGUCAUCAUUAGCAAGUCAUUACGGUAUUGCAUAUAAGCUUAUCAGCAACUUGGAACUUGGUCCAAGAACCUCCACUGGUGAGACUUUGAUGUAAUGAUAGCUUAUACUUGUCCUAUGAUUCUGGCAAAGUUCUAUCAAACUCUGUCCUAGGGUUUUUUUACGGCCAUGUUUGUCCUGAGUGUACAGUAGUGGACUGCAAAAUCACCUCAGGAUUUGUUGUCGAAAAACUAUUUAACUAAGUCUAUAUACAUAAUUAUAUAUCAUAAUGUAUAUCAAUUUUAAAGGGGAAGGUUAUCAGAAUCAGAAACAUAAAUAAAAAAAAAUACAUUAUGUAAACGACUUUUAGCCAACUCACGUCCGUAGCACCAUUUUUCUCAGCAGCUACGUACGAGUUUCGCGCCUUCCAACCUUUCCAAAGGAGCCCAAUCAUUUUUUUCCUUCUUCUGAUAUUGCAUUCUUAACCUGACAAGUGACAACAACAAGAAAUAAAAUAGAUACCAUUCCGAUAGAGGCCGCGUAAGCUAUGGACCUAUUGCAAGAUAACGUACUCAAAGGCUAGUCAUUAUAAUCCAACAGACGUAACAUGAUUAGAAUGCGGCAGGACGGAAAUGUAUCAGAAGAAGGAAAAAAUGAUUGGACUCCUUUGGAAAGGUUGGAAGGCGCGAAACUCGUACGUAGCUGCUGAGAAAAAUGGUGCUACGGACGUGAGUUGGCUAAAAGUCGUUUACAUAAUACAUUUUUUUUUAUUUGUGUUUCUGAUUCUGAUAACCUUCCCCUUUAAAAUUGAUAUACAUUAUGAUAUAUAAUUAUGUAUAUAGACUUAGUUAAAUAGUUUUUCGACAACAAAUCCUGAGGUGAUUUUGCAGUCCACUACUGUACACUCAGGACAAACAUGGCCGUAAAAAAACCCUAGGACAGAGUUUGAUAGAACUUUGCCAGAAUCAUACGACAAGUAUAAGCUAUCAUUACACGCAAAUCUCACCAGUGGAGGUUCUUGGACCAAGUUCCAAGUUGCUGAUAAGCUUAUAUGCAAUACCGUAAUGACUUGCUAAUGAUGACGAUUUCUUGCAAUAGGCAAUAGCUUAGGCGGUCUCUAUCGGAGAGGUGUCUAUUUAUUUUUCUUGUUAUUAUCACUCAGAUCAAAUUCAGGAAGCAAUAUAAAAAAAAAUCGGUAAGAUACUUUUGGAAGGGGUAAAAGGCAUGAAACUUGAACUUAGCUACCGAGAAACAAUGGCGCUGCAGAUAUAAAUUGACUAUAAUUCGCUUACAUAAAGAUUUUUUUUUAUUUUUUUUUAUGUUUCGGAUUCUGGAAAAGAUCCUCUUUAAAAUGAUAUACAAUAUGAUACAUAAUUAUUUAUGUAGACUUAGUUAUCCAGCAACAAAUCUUGAGCCGAUUUUAGCUCCCACUGUAUUUUAUCACAUUUUUAGCCAGGACAAACAUGGCCGUAAAAAAAGAACCCCGGGACAGAAUCUGAUAGAACUUUGCCAGAUUCAUAGGAAAAGCAUAAGCUUUCAUUACAUAUAAGUCUCAUCAGUGGAGGUUCCUGGACCAAGUUUCAUACAAAAGUGCCCAUUGUCAUUUGCCAAGUUUAAUAAAACCAUGGCGGUAAAGUACCUACCCACACUUCAAUGUCACCGUAGGUGUCAUUAUAGACGGCGAUACGGCUCACCUAUCACGUUGGUCUAAAAUAAAGCUCGGUGAGGCGUGGGUACUUAGUUCAUCUUGCAAUUAAUGUACCUUUGACUUUAUAUUAGUCCUCAAUGUCCUGAAAGUAUCACAAGAUCUUUGACCUAGUACGUUGACCGUAUGUUGUAUUUUUAUUUAAUUUAAUGUUGUAAAUAAAUAUUUUAAUAAUUGAAAAUAAAUAAUAAUUGAUAGUUAAGUCAUAAAUAUUGUUAAGAGUUAUUUUGUAUAAAUUAUUAAUAAAAAUGGUAUUUAAAUAAGCA